GUUUAUAGAUACUCCAUAUGUGACGGAGUGAGCGACAGCAGCAGAGUCGGGGGAGGCGAGGCGUGCCGAGAGGGCAAACCCGAAACCCAAUCAAUUCUCUCUCUUCUUGCGUUAUUUUUUUCCUGGAUCUUCUCCUUCUCCUUCUCCUUCUCCUUCACUUUCUUUUCCUCCUCCUCCUUCUUUCUGUCCCAUCCAUCCCCCACGGAAUCGAAUUCGAUUUCGGUUGCCUUUUUCUAGUGUUACCCUGACGAUGGAAACGCAAGGGAGUGUUUGCGUUUCUGCGCCGCCGCCCUUUCUAUCCAAGACUUUCGACAUGGUGGAAGAUCCCUCCACCGACGCUGUGGUAUCCUGGGGCAAAACCAACAACACCUUCGUCGUCUGGGACGUCCCUUUAUUUGCCAGAGACCUUCUGCCCAAGCAUUUCAAGCACAACAAUUUCUCCAGUUUCGUCCGCCAGUUGAACACCUACGGCUUCAGGAAAGUUGAUCCAGACCGUUGGGAGUUUGCGAAUGAGGGGUUUCUUAGAGGUAACAAACAUUUGCUGAAGAGCAUCAACAGGCGCAAACCCUCACAUGCCCCCCAAUCCCUGCCUCCAAUGACCCAAGCUGAUAGCCCAUCGGUUGCAUCAUGUGCCCGUGCCCAUGAAGUAGGAGACCUUGGCAUAGAGGAAGAGGUUGAUCGAUUGAAAAGGGAUAAGAAUAAUCUUAUGCAGGAACUUGUCAGAUUGAGGCAGCAGCGGCAGUCCACUGAUCAUCAGUUGCAGACUGUUGGACAGCGAGUUCAUAUGAUGGAGCAGCGCCAGCAGCAAAUGAUGUCCUUCCUUGCAAAAGCUAUGCAUACCCCAAGCUUUGUGGCACAGCUGGUGCACCAACAGAAUGAUAGCAAGGGUCAUAUUGCAGGUGGGGCUAAGAAAAGGAGACUUCCCAAUGAGGAUGAUGAAAGUGCAGCUUGCAAGUAUAGCAUUGCGUCACCUGAUGAUGGGCAGAUUGUCAAAUACCAGCCUCUGAUGAAUGAAGCUGCAAAAGCAAUGCUAAGACAACUCCUGAUAAUCAAUAAAUCGAGCCGUGAAUCUAAAUUGCGUGAUGCUAAUGGUUUCUUGGUUGAUAAUGUGCACCCCACCUCCAACAUAUUAGGUCAUGGUAAUUGUUCCAGUGGAAUAUCUGGAAUGAGUCUCUCAGAGGUUGUACCUAAAACAUCUGCCCUUGCUCAGAUCCAGUCUUCUGCUUUGUUGCCACAUGACAAGGCUCAGUGUGCCUUCUUGCCAAACACAAACACUGGGCCACUGGAUUAUGUUCCAGAACAAGCAGUCGCGCCCGUAAGUAAUGUUAGCAUGCAUGAUGGGCCAUUUAAGGGAGGUGAUUCUACAGAUGUGAAUGUGAGGUGCAGUGAUUCGAUUCCUGGAUUUGUUGAUACCCCUAUGCCUGUUUCAUCAAAUGAGCUCAUGGCCGAUUAUCAAGAUGAUGUUGAUGUCUUGCUAGAUGACAUUCAUAAACUGCCUGGCAUUAAUGACACCUUUUGGGAACAAUUUCUUUCAAACAACGCUCUGAAUGGGAUUGGGGGGAGUACAGAUGAUAUAAAUGCUGCUGGGGUAGUUGGAGUGGAUGAGAGGAUGGAUCAAGAAGGUGAAUGGGAUAAGCUGAAGAAUGUGAGGAUGGAUCAAGAAGGUGAAUGGGAUAAUCUGAAGAAUUUGAAUAUUCUUAGUGAACAGCUGGCUCUUGUAGCAUCUGCCGCAGCAGCGGCAUCUAAGAGCGGAUAGGAUAGAGUUGCAGUUUUGUCUGGGUUUUCUUGGUGAAUUAGUGGCCAGCGAUCUUACCUCUUUAUGUUAUAAGAAAUGCUAAUUUUCUAGAGGCACAAUAAAUAAAUAAAUGCCGUUCCGUUUUGGUA